AUUUUUUGUUGCCUUUGUGUUUACUCUCUCUCUCUCCGAGAGAAAGGAAUAAAAAAAGAUCUCUUGCUGAUAUUUUUUUUUCUGCUUGGCUUCGCUUUGCUUUGCUUUUCCUCUCCACAAUAUUCUCUCCUUUUUAUUUUAUUUUAUUCUAUCUUUCGCUUCUCUGCAAAUCUCAUCGUUCUCGUCGCUGUGCGCUUCUCCGAUCUCCGCCUAUUCAAAACCUUGGGGGGGGAGUCUCGCGAAAGAGAUGUUCUCCUCUUAGAUUCAAUUCGGAAGAAAUCAAUAAUUUUACACAAAAGCCACUAUGGAAGAAGAGAGUAACGUUACCAGCAGCUCCCCUUCAACACCAGUACAAAGGCUUAGGCAUCGAAAACGCUCCUCCACUGAGGUUCUUGAUGGGGACAAAGUGAAUGCAAGCCCUCUGCUUGUUAAUGAUCGAAACAAGUACAAAUCUUUCAUGAUCCGGACUUACUCUACACUAUGGAUGAUUGCGGGUUUCGUCAUGGUUGUCUAUAUGGGACAUCUUUAUAUCACUGCCAUGGUGCUUGUUAUCCAGAUCUUCAUGGCCAAAGAGCUCUUUAAUCUGCUGAGGAAAGCACCUGAGGAUAAAUGUCUCCCUGGGAUCAAACAGCUGAACUGGCACUUCUUUUUCACUGCCAUGCUUUUCGUGUAUGGCAGGAUCCUUAGUCAACGGUUAGCUAAUACUGUGACUGCUGACCAGUUCCUCUACAGGCUUGUCACCGGCUUAAUCAAAUACCAUAUGGCUAUCUGUUACUUCUUGUAUAUUAUAGGUUUCAUGUGGUUCAUUCUAACAUUGAAGAAGAAGAUGUACAAGUACCAGUUUGGCCAAUAUGCAUGGACCCACAUGAUUUUGAUAGUCGUCUUUACUCAGUCCUCCUUCACUGUCGCCAACAUAUUCGAAGGAAUCUUCUGGUUUCUUCUUCCAGCGUCUUUAAUUAUAAUCAACGACAUCUUUGCUUACAUUUUCGGUUUCUUCUUCGGAAGAACGCCCUUGAUAAAGCUAUCUCCAAAGAAAACAUGGGAGGGCUUCAUCGGAGCCUCUGUCACAACCAUCAUCUCUGCAUUUGUUCUGGCAAAUGUUUUGGGUCGUUUCCCAUGGUUGACAUGCCCUCGUCAGGAUUUGUCCACCGGCUGGCUACAAUGUGAUGCUGAUCCAUUGUUCAAACCCGAACCUUUUACUCUACCUGCGUGGAUUCCAGGAUGGUUUCCUUGGAAGGAAAUGGAGGUCCUUCCUGUUCAAUGGCAUGCUUUAUGCCUCGGUUUGUUCGCAUCAAUCAUAGCACCUUUCGGAGGGUUUUUCGCUAGCGGGUUUAAAAGAGCAUUCAAAAUCAAGGACUUUGGUGAUAGUAUUCCAGGACAUGGUGGAAUCACUGAUAGAAUGGACUGCCAGAUGGUAAUGGCAGUAUUUGCUUACAUAUAUCUCCAGUCAUUUAUCGUCUCCCAAAGCGUUUCGGUUGACAAAAUACUGGACCAGAUAUUGACGAACCUUAGCUUCGAGGAACAACAAGCUCUCUUCUCUAGAUUAGGGCAAAUGAUCGGUAACUCAUAGUGUCCACUGCCCAAAACUUCUCUUCAGAUUCUCCAAGAACUCUGGUUUAUCCUUUUAUCUGUAUCAGUUCUAGGGACAAUAAAUUUGAAAUUGGAUUAAGAUUUGUUUUCUGGCAUUGUAAAUCCUCUUGAAGGUUGUCCAAAGUAGAAGUUUUUUCUUUAAAGUCUUGUCAUUUGAUACAAAUAGGUUUGAAGUUGUAUCUUACUAUCUACGUAUGCAGUAGCAUCGGUGCUUCAUUUGUAUUUUGUAUAUGGUUAAAGUUUAAACAAACUAUUUUUUUUUCUGUGGUUC